GCUUUGGUUCUUUGUUAAAUCUAAUAGUCUCAAUAAUUAGAAAGAAUUGAAGAAUAUUUAUUCUUGUGCAUAAAUUGUAAUUGAUUUUCUAGAGUUGGUUUAAUAUCUGUUUGAUAUAGUUUUUUGCUAUGUUCUUUUAUUUUAUUACAUUCCCAACUAGCAUUGGUUAGCAACCCAUGAUUGUAUGUACACAACUACCUAAUAGUGUACUUCACGAUGGCUUUGUGCAGGUUGACUGUAAUCUUUCUAGCAUUUGAUGUAUUCUUUGCUAUCUUUUGCGUUGCAUUGGCCUGUUUUAUCGGGAUCGCACUCUGUUGCUGCUUGCCUUGUAUCAUUGCAAUUCUUUAUGCUGUCGCAGGACAGGAAGGUGCAUCGGACGCCGAUAUUAGCAUCCUUCCAAGAUACAAAUAUGCAGAGUCUGUAGACAAUGGGGAGAAGGGUAGUGAGGAAGGAUUAAUGAUCCCAAUUCUAAAUAAUAGUGGAACUUCAACUAGCGAACGUGUUCUUCUUCGUGAGGAUGCGGAAUGUUGUAUCUGUCUAACUCCAUAUGAAGAUGGAGUGGAGCUCCAAGCACUCCCCUGCAACCACCACUUCCACUCAUCAUGCAUCACCAAAUGGCUUCGGAUCAACGCCACGUGCCCGCUUUGCAAGUACAACAUACUGAAGGGCUCUGAUUCUGUCUAGGCUCUGAUUCUGUCUAACAGCUCAAAAUCAACAUUACCAUCCUUUUUUUGUUUUUCUCUGUUUUAAGCUUGUGAUGUACAUAAGAAUGCAUGAAAUAGUGAAGCAGGUUUCUAGCUCUUUCCAGAAGCUGCUUUAGAACCAUUACAUAAGAGGCUUCAGAGUUGUUUGCUUAUUGAAGAAAAUGUAUCGUUGUUGUUCCCUGUGUGAUAAGAACAUUUGGCCUUGUAAGAGGGUCAGCUUUCUGUCUAGAAAGUAUAUAUAUAAUCAAAUGUUGGACUUGUUCAGUUUC